ACGCUUAACACAACCACUACCAGUGUGUUUCAGUUAAACACCUCCUUACAAAAUCUAUCAUUAAGUACACCGGCAACCAACCACACAACCACCACUUCCGUCGCCGGCUGAAACAAAAUGGACUCGGCAAAGUAUAUCGGGAAACAGCCGAUGACGAUGGACAUAGAGCAGAUGCCCGAUACACCGCAGCGCGGGUCCCACCAUAGACGGGCCCAUUCCGACACCUCCUUCCGCUUCGAUGAUCUCCUCCUCUUCGACCCCUCUGACCUUGACCUCUCUUCACUGGACCUCCCUACUCCAACCCCACCUCGCGGUGCUCCCAUGGCCGUCGAUUCCGGCUCCGUAUCCGAUGACUCUGCAUCUCAGAGUGGCCCAACUACAAAGCCCAAACCCAUCAACCACCUCCGGAGCUUGUCCGUUGACUCGGAUUUCUUUGACGGGUUGGGCCUUACAACUGGUGGUGGAGAUGAGAAAUUUGGCGGGAAACCGGCGGCGAUGGCAGCGCCGGGGGCAGUAGGAGCCGGAGAGAGGAGGGUGCACCAUAGGCAUAGCAAUUCUAUGGAUGGGUCAAGUACGUCGUCAUUUGAGAUAGAUUCUGUUAUGGUCGAUGGCGUUAAGAAAGCCAUGGGUCCUGAUAGACUUGCUGAGCUCGCUUUGAUUGAUCCCAAGAGAGCUAAAAGGAUUCUUGCUAACAGGCAAUCUGCGGCACGGUCAAAGGAGAGGAAAGUGAGAUACACUAAUGAAUUGGAGAGGAAGGUGCAGACACUUCAGACAGAAGCAACCACCCUUUCUGCACAGGUCACAAUGUUGCAGAGAGACACUACUGGGUUAACAGCUGAAAAUAAGGAGCUGAAACUGCGGUUACAGGCAAUGGAGCAACAAGCACAACUUAGAGAUGCUUUGAACGAAGCAUUGAGGGAAGAGGUGCAGCGGCUUAAGAUUGCAACUGGCCAAAUUCCAGCUGUCAAUGGAAACCCCUUCAACCGAGGUUUGACUCCGCAAUACUCCUCCCAUCAGCCAGCCUUGCAUCACUUCGGAAGUCCCCCAUCCCAGCAGCCACACGUGCCUCAGCCAUCCACCAACAACCAGACUCUGAAUGGGCAGCCACGUCCUGGCUUCUCAAAUUUCAGCCAGAGGGUGUAGUGUAUGUGGAGAAACAUCAAUUGUUCGUGAAUCAAAUGUUGCAAAAUUAGGAAUUGAAAAGUUCAACCAGGUAGCAUGUGUAUAUGUAAGCAUGUAUAUGUGUUGCAGAUAGAAGGUUGUGAAUGUUGUUGGUCAGAGCUGCUUCUGUCACCUACAAACUACAUUGUCUAGAGACAUGUUAAUUGUCACAUGCUGACAAGAAAUUUAGGUCUUUGUGAAAUAAUUGAUGGGUCGUUGAUUUCUCUA